GCUAUUGUAAUAGAGAAACCCAAUGUAAGCUGGGAAGAUGUAGCAGGAUUAGAAGGAGCUAAAGAAGCUCUAAAAGAGGCUGUUAUUUUACCUGUCAAAUUUCCUCAUCUUUUCACAGGAAAACGAAAGCCAUGGAGAGGAAUCCUGUUAUUUGGUCCCCCUGGAACUGGUAAAUCAUAUCUAGCAAAAGCUGUAGCUACUGAAGCGAACAAUUCUACAUUUUUCUCUGUAUCUUCAUCUGAUUUAGUUUCAAAAUGGCUGGGAGAAUCAGAAAAAUUAGUAAAAACGCUAUUUGACCUAGCAAGAGAACAGAAACCAAGUAUAAUAUUUAUUGAUGAGGUAGAUGCUUUAUGUGGUUCACGUAGCGAGAAUGAAUCAGAGUCUGCUCGUAGAAUAAAAACAGAAUUUCUAGUACAGAUGCAAGGUGUCGGUAAUGAUAAUGAUGGUGUACUUGUUUUAGCUGCUACCAAUAUACCUUGGACAUUGGAUUCAGCUAUCAGAAGAAGGUUUGAAAAGAGAAUUUAUAUACCUCUACCUGAAGCUAAUGCUAGGACUUCCAUGUUUAAAUUACAUAUGGGAACUACAGCUAACUGUAUCAGUGAGGAAGAAUACAGACAACUUGGUAUAAGAACUGACGGUUAUUCUGGAGCUGAUAUAAGUAUUGUAGUCAGAGAUGCUUUAAUGCAGCCAGUGCGUAAAGUUCAAACUGCAACACAUUUUAGAAGGGUUCGUGGACCCUCUAGAGAUGAUCCCAAUAGAUUAGUAGAUGACCUUUUGACCCCAUGUUCUCCUGGAGCACCUGGUGCUAUUGAGAUGAGCUGGAUACAAGUCGAUGGUGAAAAAUUAUUAGAACCUAUAGUUUCUAUGAGUGAUAUGAUGAUGUCCUUGUCUACGUCUAAACCCACAGUCAAUGAGGAUGAUUUACAUAAACUGAAAAAAUUUACCGAAGAUUUCGGCCAAGAGGGAUAA